AUGGCAUCCUCCACCGGAUCUACACCGACCGCCAGGUCGACGGCCAAAUCAAACCGAGCGAGCGCUUCCGGCGCGUCAACAGAAUCUAAUACUGGCCGCAAGGGGACUGGUGCUGACCUGGACACACGAGGACUGCCGCGCCCAGGCAUGCCAUCAAUGUCCCUGGUACCUCGAUUAGCGAACUCAGAAAGCCGAUCUGCCCCAGCUUCCGACCACAACUCAGCAAACUCAUCCCGCGAGGUCUCCCCUGUGCGGCCUGCUUCUCGAGUCGCUAGUAAAGAUCAUUCUUCUUCUACCCGCUCCUCCUCUCGACAGAAGAACAGUGCCAGUUCUAGCCCGAAUCGUCGCAUCAAUAGUUCUGAAGCUCCGGUCACAUCAGCUCUGUCCUCAACCGCCGUUCAAAACGCCUUUUCACAACUAAGUACACCAGACCUAAAGCAAGCUGUUUCUGACGAUAAUAACCCCGAUGCUGGCGACCCUGACCGAACGAGUAUGCCACCGCCGCGCACCUCCAGACGGCGCAGUUCCAUUACCAACGGUAGAAGAAGCUCCCCAGCUUCUGCAGAUACACCGAAACACUCCGAAUCUGAGGUUGCCGCCAACAUAUCGACCAAGAGAACAUCCGUUAGCCCGGAGGAUACAAGGUCAUCGCCAACAAAAACGUCCUUUGAAGAUGUCGGAUCCAGUGCGCGUAGACCAUCGGCGAGAGCUACUACAACUCCUUCUACCACGUUGGAGACCGUCCAAGAAUCAAGUCUGCCUUCGACCCCCAUGACUGACAAGGCAGAUUCAUCACACCCCGAAAAACCUUCACGAUCGAAAGCUUACGAGUCCCUGCAACAAGCUGCUGAGAGUGGAAGUGAAAGUGGAGGAAACAAAAGCUCGGGAUCAAAAGAAGAAACGAGCAAGAUGUCUACCACACGGCCAACAGGUGACAUCCUUCCACAGCGAUCCUUUACCUCUCUCAAUAGUGCGCGAGGAAAGCUAGGGGAUGGCUCAGUCCGUAACAUGAUUGUCGAAACCGAGACCGUGAGCUCAAUACCACAGGUUUCCCUCGGUGUGGGUGCCGGAGAGCGAGGAAGCUCGAAUAGGAACGAUCAAAGUGGCACAAUUAGAAUGAAGCCUAGUGUGGAAACUAUACGUCCCAAACGAGAGAAGAAAAAGACCACGCGCAAACCUACCAACGUUCCAGGGGUUGCAUCUUCAAAAGCAGAUAUCUUUGAAGCAAAGGUGGCUAGCGCAAUAGAUGAUGCCGACGUCUCAGAUUCCGAUGAAACCUUCGUUUAUGAAUCAAACCCCCCAGAACCGCUUCCCCCACGGCAUCGAUAUCACUCUCGGACGCCUAGCACAACUUCUAUGGCUAGUCAAGCUGAGCAGUUCGCAACCCGCUCUCGAUUGGCACCGAGAGAUGGAAACGGUGUCACCGUCAAACGCAGUAUGAAAUUCACGAACAACUACAAUUCCAAUUUGGAUGGCGAUGUUGGUGAUACCGAUCAGCGGAGUGUUAGUGGUAGAGGCGAGAAUACCACCCACUCCGGCCGACAUCAUCACAUCGCACGUCACGGCAGAGGCGGUGCUUACCCAUCUCUUUUUGACAGCGAUUCCCCGUUUCCCGCGUCACAGGGACAACAACCGCGAUCCCCCCGACAUCACAUUGGCAAUGGCUUUCGUCCAAGCCGACGUGGAUUUACACCACGUUCUCAUCCAAAUUAUCGAACUCUUGGCGGGCCCAAGAGCAUGAGUGACGAGUACACUGACGAUUUCGAUGCUGAUGGUGCCGACGACGAACGUACACCCCUGGUGGCUUCCAUUCGUCUAGCCCGAAACCGCAACGGUCGCAGACCUGGUAGUGCCAGUAUGCGACAGAUGGAGUACCUGGAGCAACGCCAGAAAAACUGUUUUUCUCGCUAUGGAGGCUGUAUUAUUGCAUCCGUCCUGAUUUUAAUUCUCAUUGGUGGUGCAGCAACCUUCUUUGCUUCCCUCACUCGACCCCUAUUGGACGUUAAAGUUAUCAAACUUUCGAAUGUUCUAGCGUCACAACAAGAAGUGAUCGUGAACGUGCACGUCAGCGCCAUAAAUCCAAAUAUUUUCCCUAUUUCUAUCGGGAAUAUAGAUGCUCACGUUUUCGCGCAGAGUCCAUAUGUAGGCAGCGACAAGUUUUGGCGUGACCGCGGUCCCCAUCCUGAGGACUUCCCUCGUGUUGAACGCAGCAAGCUACGUGCUACACUGGCUCGAUUAGUGCGGCUUCCUUCGUCCAAAGCCCCUGAGAUCGCAUCGUCUUCAAUGGUUCAUACAUCGGACAAUGUAGACCAUGGCACAGAUCCAAUCCUGGAUCCCGACGAUCCUAUUGGUGAGGAUCCUUCAAUGAUGCUUGGAAGAGUCUUCAAGUUUGACUCUCCUAUCAUCUUUGACCCAUCGCCAUGGAGACGCACACUAUCUACGUCUAUGGGAGAAAUCCGUUUGCCCAAGCCCGGGAACAAAACGGAGGAAGGUGGCACUGAACGCUGGGAACGAGUUUUAGAACAUCCUUUCGAACUGAUUGUUCGCGGUGUACUCAAAUACUCCCUGCCUCUGACGUCUAGUGUGCGUUCGAUACCGAUCAACGCCAAGAUUCACGUCUCACCAAACAAUGACGGGAACGAUGAUAAGGAUGGGGAUGGCGACAGCACACCUAACCAGCCAGACAAUAGUACUUUCUAUGCGAAUACUAUCAAACUAGCAGCACAUCGGGCCACAAGCACCCCAAUUUCACUUGGUCGAAUGUUUUAA